AUGGGGCUCCUCUUCCUCGCCUUCCUCCUGCUCCUCCUCGCCCUGCUCGCCCUCCUCAUGCUGGUCCUGGGGGUCCCCGGCGCCGCCCGCGCCCCCAACCCCUUCGCCACCGACACCCGGCGCCCGCCGGCCCCGCUCGUGACCGACAAGGCGGCGCGGAGGAAGAUCCUCAAAGCAGUUUUGAUCGGGGCCAUUGGGUCACGGAGCUCCGCGGCUGCGCUAAAAUCCGCAGGGAAUAAAAUACAUCCGGCGGCUUCCGUGGCCGGAGACGAACUCUGCCCCGGGGGCAUCCACUACGUGGGGCAGAUGGCGGAGGGCUCGGCCACGCGCUUCCUGCUGGACCAGCUCACGGAGGGGCAGCUGCAGUGGGCGCCGCUGCCCGCCGCCUUCGACGCCGUGGUGCUGGGCGAGCCGGGCGCCGGGCGCACCGUGCGCCUCCACGCCGGCGCCCGCCGCUACUUCGACGCCCUCAAGCAGCAGUUCCCGCGCGAGGCCGCCGCCAUCGACGCCUUCCGGAGCCUCCUGAAGAGCAUAGGCCGGGGGACGGUGCUGCUGAUUGUGCUGAAGCUGCUGCCGCUGCCGCUCGCCCGCUGGCUCUGCCGCUCGGGGCUCCUGAGCCGCCUGAGCUCCUUCUGCCGCCUGGCAGCGCGGAGCCUGCAGGAGGUCACGGAGGAGCUCACGGCCGACGCCGACCUCCGCGCCGUGCUCAGCUACAUCUUCCCCACCUACGGAGCGGUGCCAUCCGAGUGCAGCUUCUCCAUGCACGGCAUCCUGGUCACCCACUUCCUGGGGGGCGCCUGGUACCCGCGGGGGGGCGCGGGYGAAAUCGCCUUCCACACGAUCGGCGUGAUCCAGCGCGCGGGCGGCGACGUCCUCGGCCGGGCGCCCGUGAGCCGCAUCCUGCUCGACGGCCAGGGCCGCGCGUGCGGGGUGGCCGUGAAGAAGGGGAAGGAGGAGGUGAACGUCUACGCGCCCGUGGUCAUUUCGGAUGCCGGGAUCUUCAACACCUACGAGCGGCUGCUGCCGGCGGAGGCGCGGGCGCUGCCGGAGAUCCAGGCGCAGCUGCAGCUCGUGAAGCACGGCGAGGCCGGCUUCUCCGUCUUCGUGGGGCUCAAYGGCUCCAAGGAGGAGCUGGGCCUCGAAUCCACCAAUUAUUUCGUCUACCGGGGAAAUGACCUGGAUCAACAGAUGAGGCGCUACCUGGCAUCAUCCAGGGAGGAGGCUGCGGAGAACAUCCCCUUCCUCUUCAUCACCUGCCCGUCAUCCAAGGAUCCCACCUGGGACAUGAGGCAUCCCGGCAAAGCCACCUUGGCCGUCGUGACGUUCGCCAACUACGAGUGGUUCGAGGAGUGGAAGGACGAGCCGGUGCAGAAGCGCGGGGAGGACUACGAGGAUGCCAAGCGGGCCUUCGUGGACACCAUCAUGAGGACCGUCUACAAGCUCUACCCCAGCAUCGAGGGCCGGGUGGAGUACGUGUCCGGCGGGACGCCGCUCACCAACCAGCACUACAUCGGCAGCGCCCGCGGCGAGAUCUACGGCGCCCGGCAGGACACGGCGCGGCUGCGCGCCGAGGCGCUGGCCACGCUGCGGCCCCGCACGCCCGUGCCCAACCUCUACAUGACGGGGCAGGACGUGUGCCUGGCCGGCUUCAUGGGCGCGCUGCAGGGCGCCGUGCUGUGCGGCGGCGCCGUGCUGGGCCGCAACCUCUACGUGGACGCGGCGUGGCUGCGUCAAAUCGAUAAAAAGGCCGAGCCCAAAGUGGCUCCUGCGGGCGACGCUGCCAGGCUGGCAGCGCCCGGGGACCUCGAAAUGCCCCGAGGCGCUUGA